UUUUUUCUUAAAAUGUUCCUGUAAAGGGAUUUGUUGUAGUUUUCCCUUAUUUUCUCUCUCAGGCCUGGUAUUAAGCCUGGAAAGAAGCCUUUUAAAAUUACACUGAUCUCCAUUUGGCAAAGAGGAAACUGAGAUAGGUAGAAUGAGGUCUUGCCCAAGGUCACUGGCUUAGAGGUAGAUUAGAGGCUAGAACUCAGGUAUCAACUCCAGGUGAGUGGGCAUUCUUAACAUCUUUUAACAUUAUGUGUGCCUGAAAGAACUAAAAUCCAUGUUUUUAAAAGCCCCCCCUUUUUUUAAAUUGGAGGCUGGAGAGUUUUUCAGUUGCAUGUCCACGUUUGGUGGGAUUUUUUUGAAGCUAUGGAUUAGAGGAAGCCAAACCUAGAAAAAUAAAUAUUUCACCUGUAUGCAAUAGAGCUGGCACAUAAUGCUCAAGUUUCUAUCAGCUUAAAGGGUACUAAAUAGUAAUGGUACUGUAUUUUUCUAAAACAUUGCCAAGUAGGAGGAAACCACAGUACCUAAUGGCAAGCUUCCUCCGCCCCCAAAAAAGAAUAAAUUGCAACUCAUCAUGAGGAUUCUUGCUGCUUUGCUCUCUCUGCUGUGCUUGGUUUUUAUAAACAACCCUGGCCAUUUUGCUUCAUGAUGAUUAAUGAUGCCUGCUUGCAUCUUCUAGAUUGGAUUUGAGAUUGUUCUCUAACCCUCCCUACAUUAGAAAAAAACUAUAGCAGCAUAAAUGGCAUCUUUUUGUUUUGUUUUCUUAUUAUAUUAGAUGUGUGAACUCUGCAUCCUUAGUUUUGGGGGUUGUGUAGGAGUUGGCAGGCUCUGAGAUAUAAAUAGAAGCUGAUUUCAGAGGCCCCCUGUUGACUAGGCUUUAUGUGAGAGCCUCCAUCCAGCUCAGCCUGUCACAUUGCAGCCUUGUGACAGGCUGAAACGCCCGCCCAUGUGAUCUAAGCUUCUGAGAAAUAUUAAGGCAAGCUGUGCACAUGUGAUGGCAUUUUAAAGCUGGCUUUCUAGGGGGAAACAAUCUACAAGAUGAGAAGACAUGUCCUGUUGUCUCAGAGUUGGAGGGUAUUUAUAGUGAAUUGAAGAUGGUAGAUGUGUUUUCUGAAGAAGGAAAAGUGGAAUACUUUGCAUGUCAAAAAAAAUAUGGCUCAGGAGACUAACCAGACCCCAGGGCCCAUGCUGUGUAGUACAGGAUGUGGCUUUUAUGGGAAUCCUAGGACAAAUGGAAUGUGUUCUGUUUGCUACAAAGAACAUCUUCAGAGGCAGCAGAAUAGUGGAAGAAUGAGCCCAAUGGGGACAGCUAGUGGUUCCAACAGUCCUACCUCAGAUUCUGCAUCUGUACAAAGAGCAGACGCUAGUUUAAACAACUGUGAAGGUGCUGCUGGCAGCACAUCUGAAAAAUCAAGAAAUGUGCCUGUGGCUGCCUUGCCUGUAACUCAGCAAAUGACAGAAAUGAGCAUUUCAAGAGAGGACAAAAUAACUACCCCGAAAACAGAGGUGUCAGAGCCAGUUGUCACUCAGCCUAGUUCAUCAGUUUCUCAGCCCAGUACUUCUCAAAGUGAAGAAAAAGCCCCUGAGUUACCCAAACCAAAGAAGAACAGAUGUUUCAUGUGCAGAAAGAAAGUUGGCCUUACAGGAUUUGACUGCCGAUGUGGAAAUUUGUUUUGUGGACUUCACCGUUACUCUGACAAGCACAACUGUCCAUAUGAUUACAAAGCAGAAGCUGCAGCAAAAAUCAGAAAAGAGAAUCCAGUUGUUGUGGCUGAAAAAAUCCAGAGAAUAUAAAUUACUACUUGUGAAGAGACUGAAACUUUGUUUUUAUUUUAAUAUAUCGUAGGAAAACAUUAAAGAGCAGAUGCAUGGCCAUUUUUCUUUGAUGUUCUCCAGAGUUUUACUUUAUACUUGUCUGUCUUAUAAUUGAUAUUUUAGGAUGUUUGGGUGUUUGUUACAGGCAGAAUUGGAUAGAUACAGCCCUACAAAAUGUAUAUGCCCUCCCUUGAAUAAAAUUGGAUGAAAAUCUGCACAUCAAAUUGAAUUACAAAUAAUAGGGACAAAAUUUAGUUCCCACGUGCCAAACAAAACACAUGAAAUCUCCGCAUGUUUGCAGCAUAUCUGCCUUUUGGGAAUGUAAUCAAGGUAUAAUCUUUGGCUAGUGUUAUGUGCCUGUAUUUUUCUAAAAAAUGGUACACCAGAAAAGGACUGGCAGUCUACUUCUACCAUAGUUAAACUUCACCUUGUUAAUUUCUACAACACGUUCUUUGGAAGCAGGAAGAAGGUGAUAAAGAGGAUCAGACCUUUCUGUGAAAGCAGUAUUUGAUGCCAUAUGUAAGCCUGGCUAAUUGGUCAAAGCGCUGUCAAAUAAGACAUUGCAACUGGUUAUAAGAGCAAAACCAUCAAGCAACAGGGUCUGGAGCUAUCAUUGAAGCUUAUUGUGCUGGCCUGCACCAGAAGAUGUCUGCAUUACUCACAUUGCUAAAAAUGUUGUGUAGCACAGAACUGCACUAGGAUUAAUUUGUUUACAAGAAGAAAUUAAAACUACGUUUGGUUUUCACAUACAGCAGCUCUAUUGAAUAACAUGCAUCUGACUUUUUAAGUUGCAAAGGUAUCUGAACAGUUAAUUUUUCAUGUGCAUCUUUUGUUGAAUGUUUUGGUUCAAGAAAGAAUGUUUAAAGCUUUUUUAAAGACUUCGGUUCUUAACGUAACUGUACCCUUCUGCAUGGAAAAUCAUAACCAACAUGGCUGCAGUAGACUUCUUAGUGGUAUCCAGCACCACUUGCAGAGGGCUGCUUUAUCAUAACAAUUGUACUUGGGUGUAGGACUCUAGUGUUCUUGGGUGUGUUGCAUGGGCUGCAUUAUUUACAGCAUUGUACAAUAACAACUAGAAGAGGCAGUAUACUUCACUGAUGCUUGUCUGGUAAUAUCACUUCUGUGUUAUAAUGGAAGGUUUUCUGUGAUGUAUGAAACUUGUGUUUUUUAUAUAUAAAUGAGUAUAGUUAGAUUAGUGUUGUGGUUAUUGCCUGUUUUCAUCUGUAAAUAGUUAAGUAUGUACACGAGGAACUACUUCUGAUUUAUUGCAGUGUUCAGUCCUAGUUUUUACUUUUAUUAAAGCAUUCAAAUUUGCUUUCAAUUUUAUGUACCUUAGUUCUGAGUUAGAUUUGCAGAUGUGUACAGAUAGUUCAUAUUUAUGUAUUGCACAUAAUCAUGCUAUCCAGCAUUGAUGCUAUAUUGUAUUAUGUAAAUAAUAAAAGCCAUGUACAGAGGGAAA